CUUUUUGCCUGCAAAAAAAUGGCAUGCUGUAGUGUUGAUGCUGGGGAAUGCUGACACGCAGGUAGUCAUUAAGGCGUGUGAGAGGUGUGUGUACUGGUUUGUGUGCAUUAUAGCAAUACUAAGACGAGGUGUAGUCAGAAAGUGUGAUUUAGAAAGGGAGGGAUGGAUGAAAGAGAGUGAGAGAGCGAAAGGGGGAGGGAUGAAGAAGGUGAGAUUGUGCCUAGGCUCAUUCUGCAUAGCCGAGGAGAGAGAGAGAGUGUGUAGCAGGAACUUGUUUUGUGUAGCUGCUAGUUCAGCACUGUUAGCUGCAGUCUCUGCUUCGUUCGUACUGAGGGUUUCGGCCAUGCUGUCCGCUCUGCCCAGACUCGCUGUGUUCAUCUCUGCAGUGCUGGUUAACGGUGGUGUAGUCCGGGCAAGUACACACACGGAUCUUGAUCCAGGGUUCCUCCAGUGUCAAGAGUGUUUUUACAGAGGCGCACCUCCACACUCGCUGUCUGAGCUGGGUUUGGAGCAGAGGUGUCACACACAUCUGACCGGACGGCCUUUUGCAUCGCUCUAUAAUGCCAACUGCAAAAGCACCAUCUAUACAGCCCUUCACCUCGGCUUGAAUAAUGGAUGGGGCAGAGGAGAGCAGAGCACGGAUACCAAAGAACAGAUCGAUGACGAUUCCCCUGUGGCCAUCCCAGCUCUUUACAGAGGAGCCGCCGAUGAGACCCCCUCACCCCAUCACAACUACCCUCUCUUUAAAUGGGAUGCUUUGACAGCAGAGUUUAUACAGAGCUCCAUCAUACCAAGGUGUUUGAAGACGAGCGGUGACAUUUACAUGCAGAUUGGUUUAGGUGGUUUAAAUGAGUGCAGGGGGAAGCUGUUGUGGUCAGCGGUGUGUUGUGCUGCAUCAGAUGGAGACGGCAGUUUCAGUGUUGGGCUGGUGAAGGAGGGGGACAUGAAGGUGCUCAGCGUUAAGGCUUUGGAGGAGCUGAUAGGAGUUACAGGCCUGUUUUCAGGAGGUUGUGGGGAAGUCGGAGAUCAGAGCGAAGACGAACUUGCAUCGCUCUUGAAAAAGCAUCUGAACGGCAACUCUGAUGUGCAAAGUGAAGAGCGCAGUGGCGAACACAACUCUCAGGACGCAGAAACAUCAGAAACGGAGAAAGUGACUUCAGAGCACGUUAAUGAGGAAGCCCAAAGCUACACGUCUUCUUCUCUGAGCUCAGACAUGGAGUUUCAAGAGAACACCAAUGAGACAGAGAGGUCAGAGUCUGUCCUCCUGAAAGUUUUGUCUUCCACCGUCUAUCUCCUUUAUGCUCCUUUUUCUCCAAUCGUAAACAGAGUCACUAACCUUCCCUUCCAGCUAACCUACGUUCUUCAGGAAGAUCUGGCAGUUCUGGCCUCGGUGCCUGGUGACAGCUGCACUUUGGUCAACAACUUGGUCUCAGGAGUAUAUUCUGGCAUUUCAUGCGUCUUGAACACCUUGUACCAGACAGGAGAAACAAGCGUGUGCACGACUUACGCCUGCCUCAGUCUGUUAGCCGAAAGCCUGUUUGUGGCUUUCCAGGAAGGAUUCAUAGGGACAGGCACUUUGGCAUUGGAUGUCCUGGGAAUCAUGACGGGAACAGUGGGGAAUGGUUUUAGGAUCAUCAGGAUGAUUUUCGGGUCAGUUUUGGAUCAGAUGGUAGAUUACCUGUGUGUCGUGUCUUCAGAAAUGGGCUGCCAGGUGUCGACGGUGGGAAGUGGGGUUGGCAAGCUUACCUGGAGAAGUGGAAAGGGGGUGGGCCACAUGCUUAGCAUCGUAGCAUCCGUCGUUGGCGGAGUAGUGGACAAUACAAUAUCGAAUAUCCAGGAAGCUUUUGAGGGGAGCUCAGGGGAAUCAUCUGAAUUGCAAACACCUGAAUUGUUGAAAUCUGAAGUGGUCGGUGAAUAGACUUCAAUGCGUGUGUAUAUGCCUGUGUUAGACACCUUAUUUGCAUAUUACACCACACAUAGAUUGCAUUAGUGCCUGUCCUUUUUCAGCGGCCUUGGCCCCAGGAAGUAUUUUUCCUAUUUAUUUUUCCCAUACAGAAGUCUUUGUUUUAAGCCAUGAAUAGCUGUAGGUAAAUCCUAACAUUACAAACUUUGAUUUGAAAAAAGCCCCGCAGUAUUUGAAAAGGUGUAGGACUGUGCACUUAACAUACAUUGCUAUUUUGAGCUAUUUUCCAAAUUAUGUCAUUCGCAGUGUUUCAUGGAGGUGGACAGGAGGUCUAUCUUAUGAUUUAUGUUACUGUUAAAAAUCAAUUCUCUUAUGGAGAAACUGAAUGGGAUUUUUACUUCCGCAUCCUGACAGUGUCUGGCUUCACACCGAAUAUUAACCAUAUGGCAUGUGGUUGUGAAUCAUCUGCCUUAAAAUACAUAAACCUCCAAAUUUUUGAAGGGUGAUUUGUAACUCUUUCAAGGUGCUGAGAAAUGUUUGUCAAGUGUCAGAAAGAUGAUGUAAUUGUUGUGAACUGUUGGUCAUUUCAUCCGACAUAUAAAGACCUUGCUGUGUCAUGGUUUAUAUGCUGCAAUAAAACCUCUUCUCUGUGAGUCGUGCUCUCUGUCAUUUAUAGUCUAAUCUAUCACACAAGACCUUCUUCGAAGGAAAUCCAUGUAAAUCCAUUGAAUAAGACUAGACUGCAAAUAAAGAACAGAACAUGGCUGUGCCUGA